AUGUCUUUAUCAUAUAGCAAAAAAGAUUCGCUUAAAAGUGCUUUAGAGGGUCGAUUUAUUAAAGAAUUUGAUUAUAACACAUUUGAAAAUAUUACAGAAAUCGCAAAAGGAGGAUUUGGUAAAGUUUAUCGUGCUAAUUCAACAAAUUUAGAAAAACAUGUUGCAUUAAAAAGUUUGCAUGGAAAUGACGAAUUAUUUUAUGAAAGAUUUGUGAGAGAGGUUACUUCAGGUGCAAGAGAAACACCCGUUAAUAAAACACCAAAAGAUUAUGUCAACAUAUAUUUAAGUGCAUGGAAUGAUGAUUCAAAUCAAAGGCCAUCUAUUGAAAAUAUUUUUGAUUCUCUCGAAAAUAUUGAAUUAGAAAAUGUAUAUGACGAUUCUAAUGACAAUCAAGAUGUUCAAUUAGAAACUAAUAUUAACAACCAAUCUCAAGCUUCAAGUAAAGAUUCCGUAUCUAUUCCUACUUCAUUUACUACACCAAAUUGGGGGGAAGUUACAGAAUAUGAUUAUAAUGAUUUUAAAAAUCUUAAAAAUAUCGGAAAAGGGGCAUUUGGAAUGAUUUACAGUGCAACAUUAAUGAAUUUGAAUGGAAUGAGAACAGUGGCUUUAAAAUCUAUAGUCGUCGCUACUAUGGAAUUAUUUGUUAAUGAGGUAAAUACUAAUUAA